GUUCACAGCCUCCACAGCAAAAUAAGCGCAAAAUGGAAACAAUUUUCGAAAUCCAACGUCGUCUGCACGAGGAAUGCGACCGACUGGUGAUGGCCAUGUCGGAAGAGCUGCAAUCGUCGAAAAAGACGACGAAGGAAAAAGUGCUGGCGGAUCACCGGAUUAAAAUCUAUCUGGAACGGUACCAGAGUUGCAGCCGGUCGUUGCUGGAACUGUAUCAGGACAAGGACGGUGAACGAAAGCAGGAAAUUACAAACAUGAGCGUUAACGAGUUCAAGGAAUUUUACAGCCAGUUCAAUUCGCUGGUGGAAUUUCACCAGAACCACGGCAAUAAUGUGGCUGUUCCAGCUUCGAUCGAGUUUGCUAAACUGCGAGAGCAAUUAAACGAUCCCAAUUAUCUGGCGGAGAUUGUUAAAUUCAGUGAUGUGGAAAAUUACGGUCAGUAUCUGGAUCUUCACGAGUGCUACGACAACUAUAUCAACUUGAAGGGGGUGGACAAGAUAGAUUACAUCACGUAUCUGUCGGAGUUCAACAAAUUCCUAGAUGUCCCGAAGAAGCAGAAGAAUUUGAAGUAUAAAAAAUAUUUGGAGUUGCUGCACGAUUAUCUUUUCGGAUUUAUUACUCGGAGCCGACCGCUGUUUUUCGAGUUAGAGCACACGGUGAAGCGAAACGAGUUACAAUUCGAAGAUUUGUGGAAGAAAGGUGAGGCACCCGGCUGGGAGAGAGGCAAGGACGUGGAUGUUGAGGAUGCAAUGAUCAAUUUGAACGAAUUUGGUAAAUGGGAGGAUUUGACUUAUUUGGGAUUGGACCGUCUUAAAGCCGCACUGCAGGCCAUGGGUAUGAAAUGCGGUGGUACACUGGAAGAACGUGCCCAGCGUCUGUUUGCGUGUAAGGAGGAUCGUAAUAAGGAAAGCGAGCAUAAACGUCUGGCAUACAAUCAAAAGGAUAAGGACAUUGCUCUGCUAGAGUACAAGAUCAGCAAGUUGGCUGAACUGGUCGACGACCAGAUUUACGAGACAAAAAUAAACUUACAGCGAAAACAGGCUCGUUAUACCUUGGAUGAAAGUGACGAAGAUAGUAUGGAUGAAGUCGAAUCCGACGAUGACGACGGAAUUCCGUACAAUCCGAAGAACUUACCGCUGGGUUAUGAUGGAAAACCAAUUCCAUACUGGUUGUAUAAAUUACAUCAAUUGCACUUUACGUACGAGUGCGAAAUUUGCGGCAAUUAUAAGUACAAUGGGCCGAAAGCAUUCCAGAAUCACUUUUCCGAGUGGAGACACGCGCACGGAAUGCGCUGCCUAGGUAUCCCGAAUACUGCACAUUUUGCCAACAUUACCAAAAUCGAGGAUGCACUAGUCCUAUGGGAUAAGGUUAAGGAACAAACUUUCUCCAAAAUGUGGGUCCCGGCUAACGAGGAAGAGUUCGAAGACUCACGGGGCAACAUACUCAGCAAGAAGGUUUACUUGGAUUUGCAGAAACAGGGCCUGCUUUAAAGCAGACGUGAAUUGAUUAGGUUUCAGUGCUAGACAGUGCAUUUCUUUUCCUAUCUAACCCGUGUAACCCGCUGAAAAGCAAAGCGCUAAAUAUAGUGUGCCGGCGCCGGCAUU